AUGUCCACCGACCAAAAGUCGGAGUCGAGCCAUCUCGAGGUGGUGGACCAGCAGGUCCGUCGACCAGACACUGAAACACUGGGGAUCCACGACCCGGCUAGCCAGCAUGGCCGGUCGACAUGGCAGGCACUCCGAGCGAAUCCUAUCGUGGUCCUCUUCUGUCUGUAUGGCAAUAUCGGCGCGUUGAUGUACGGGUUCGAUAACCUGGUUCUGUCGCUGGCGCUAUCCAUGACUGCUUUUGAACAAACAUUCGGCACUUUCACGAAAGGCUCAUACGUGAUCCCCGCGUACUGGCAGUCCCUGUGGAACGCCCUUUCUCAAGUCGCGACGAUGCUCGGAUCAACAGCCGCGGGUCCCAUCCAGGACAGAUUCGGACGUCGAGCAGCCUUCCUCGUCGCGGCAUGUUUAUCUGCCGCUGGCAUUGCAGUCGUGUAUACGGCGUCGACUCCGGGCGCGUUUCUCGCUGGGAAAAUUGUCAAUGGCUUGUCGUUGGGUCUGGCUCUGACGACGGGGCAGACUUAUAUUUCGGAGAUUACCUCGCUUGAGGUGCGAGGUAUUGCUCUUUCGGGGUAUACCUUUUGCAUGGUAUGUUUCCGCCGAGUAUAUCAGCAAGAGACAGUGAUGUUGACAAUGGAUAUCGUAGAAUCUGGGAUAUCUGAUCGCCGCAUCUGUGGCUCUUCCUCGCAUGGCAAUGUCCAGUGA